UCACCAAAUCAAAAAAUAACAAAUAAGCCCAUUUUUCUCAAUAUUUUUUUUUCUUUGCAAUCGACUAUUAACAAUGACCGAUAUACCAAAAAUACUAAAAGCAGUUCAAGAUAUUCAAGCCUCUUUGACUGUUUUACCUGAAAUCCAAACUCAUCUAGCAAAACUUACUGAUGCUGUAAAUGCACUACGUGGACAUGAUACGAUUAAUGUACCAACCGCGACACAUUUGUUUAAUAAUGUGUCUGGCUCUUUUGUGUUACCAAACGUCUCUCCUGUUGUAGAUUCUAUCGAAUCAACGGAUGAAGGAGUAAACGACGGGAAAACCAAAUCCUCAAAAGACAAAAAUGAAAAAAUCCAAAGUGCUUUCAAAAAAGAAAAUCAGAUGAAUUCUGCAGAAUCAGCCAACAAAACUAAGAAAAAAUUAACUUUAAGCGAAAGAAAAAAAUUAAGAAAAUUGAAGAAAAAACAAGUUACUAACCAAUUAAGCCCGGGAGAGUCUUCAUCCAACGAGUUGGAUAAUAAAUCAACACCGGAAAUACAACCGCCUGUAGUACAGGAUCAACAACUCACCAAAGAUGUUGCACCAUCGCGUGUAGUAGCGCGUCCCCCACCACGACUUCAUAUGAAUCGCAUAAAUAUUGCUCCAACUGGAAAUGAAAACGGAGAUCGCCUUGGAACGAGAUUUAAUCGAGGCCAAUCACAUCAAUCGAUCGGAUAUAAUAAUCAACGCGAAAUGCUUUCGGAUAAUUGGCAACAGGUUAUUUCUACAUUUGAAGAAAUGAAAUUAAAAUCUGAGAUUUUGCGAGGGAUCCGUGCAUUAGGUUAUGAUCAACCGACACCUAUCCAGCAACGUGCAACAGUGGCGAUAUUAUCUCGACGGGACGCUGUAAUUCAAAUACCUCGAUUAGAAGAAAGAACUGUAACUUACAUUGCUGCUCUACUUCAACAAAUUGAAACACGUGACAAAUCGUGUCAAGCGAUUAUAAUCGUACAUUCGAAAGACUUAUGUUAUGCUAUUCAAGAUUUAAUCAAUGUCGCGGGUCAAUAUAUGCAAUUUUCAUGUUUGGUUUGUACUGGUGGUAUUCCAAUGAGAGAGGACAUAGAAAAACUAAGAAAUGAAGGACAACAAAUUAUAAUCGGGACUCCGGGCAGACUAAUUGGACUAAUGGUAGAUCGUAAAUUCGAUUUUAAUCGCGUCAAAACGAUUAUAAUUGAAGACUCUUGUAUCAUGUUUAACAGCAAUUUUCGUACGCAAGCUUUCGACAUUAUCUAUCAAUUACCAAAAAGUGCUCAGAGGGUUUUGAUGACAACAGCUACAACGUUUACUCUUGCAGACAUUAAAAAUAAGAUAACGAAAAAUACCAUAAUCGUCCUUAAUGAUGUGCAUAUGAGUGAUGGGCUUCAACUAUAUUACGCAGUUGUAGAAAAAGAUGAUCAAAAGCUCAAUGCUUUAUGUGAAAUUUAUAAAGAAGUGAAUAUUCAAAAAUCUGUUAUCUUCUGUGAUAAUUCAGAACGAGUCGAUUGGUUAGCUGAUAAAUUAGCAACAUUAUUUGAGAACGUGGCCGUCUAUUCCAUGCAUUCUUUAACAAGACAAUCAGAAAGACAUGAAAUUGUAAAGUCUUUCUGGGAAUCGAAAGCGGCUUUAAUUGUUACUACAGAUUGUUUUUCAUCUGUUUUAGCAUUUCAUCCCGUAGAUUAUAGUGUACACUUUGAUUUACCAUAUAAAAAGGAAGAGUACCAUGAUCGUCUUUGUUGUUGUGGUGCUUAUGGUUCUCCGGGAGUUGCUAUUAACAUUCUCGUUAAAGGGCAAUUACAUGAUCUUGGAGUUCUUGAGCGUUAUUAUCGAUUACAAAGUCAAGAAUUGCUGGGAAAUCGUUGACAUGAAUAUUGCAUAUAAUACUAUUGCUGUUUCCGGUUAAAAAAGUAUAUUAUUAUAUCAAUAUCAAUAUUUCAUUUAUAUAUUUCAUUUAUAAAUUAGUUGUAUUUGCUAUAUAUAAUCAAUCCAAAUAAUAA